UGCAACUUCUCUGCCUCCUACCUUUUUUCCUUCUCUCUCAUUUCUAUGGGAAGAGAUAUUUUCGUGUGAAUCCCUUGUUUUUCUUGCCAAUCUCUUCUCCAUAAACCUUGCACUGCAUUUUUUAAACCUCUGGAAUCGACGGAAACCGUAGAUUUCUCCUUUUCUUCUUCUCGGAAAAUUUUCGGGAACAACAAAUGGCUCAGAAAUGUGCAAUUGGUAUAAUCUCGGCCAUGGCAGCAUCUGCUUCGAUUGUGCAGUCCAAAGUCGCCGCCGCAGAUGGUCCUUUCAAUUUCCUCUCCGGCUCUUCGGCUACGCCGAGUCCUCAGCAGUCUUCUCCGCCGCCUCAAUCUCAGCAGGCACCGUCGGCGUCCGGCGGAGAUUCUCCGGCUCCUCCGAAGGUCCGGAAUGAUCAUCCGAGGACGACGUCUGCUGGGUUCGAUCCAGAGGCGCUUGAGCGAGGGGCCAAGGCCUUGAGGGAGAUCAAUAGCUCUUCUCAGGCUAAAAAGGUAUUUGAAGUUAUAAAGAAGCAAGAAGAGACGAGGCAAUCUGAGUUUGCUGCAAAGGCGCAAGAAUUCAAAGCAAUGCAAGCCCAAGCUGAAACCGAGAGACAAAGGGUGAUAUAUGAUGAACAGAAAAAACUUGCUCAGCACCAAGCGCAAACAAAAUCGCAGAUGGCUCGCUAUGAAGACGAGCUUGCGAGAAAGAGGAUGCAGGCAGAGAAUGAACUUCAAAGAGCAAGAAAUCAAGAGCUUGUGAAACUGCAAGAAGAAUCAGCAAUUCGGCAGGAACAGGCUCGGAGAGCUACCGAGGAACAGAUUCAGGCACAGAGGCGGCAAACGGAGAGGGAAAAGGCUGAGAUAGAGCGAGAAACAAUCCGGGUCAAGGCUAUAGCUGAAGCAGAAGGGAGAGCCCAUGAGGCAAGGCUUGCCGAAGAUGUAAACAGGAGAAUGCUUGUAGAUCGUGCAAAUGCAGAAAGGGAGAAAUGGGUUGCUGCCAUAAAUACUACAUUCGAUCAUAUCGGAGGGGGCUUGCGUGCCAUUUUGACAGAUCAAAACAAGCUGGUUGUUGCUGUUGGGGGAGUAACUGCCCUUGCAGCAGGGAUUUACACAACUAGGGAAGGUGCCAAAGUGAUCUGGAGUUAUGUAGACAGAAUAUUAGGACAACCAUCACUAAUAAGAGAAUCGUCAAGAGGAAAGUACCCUUGGUCUGGUGUGAUUUCUCGUGCAAUGUCCACUUUACGGGCUGGUAGUAAGGAGUCAGCAUCGAAAACCGGAAAUGGUUUUGGUGAUGUUAUUUUGCACCCAUCUCUUCAAAAGAGAAUCGAACAACUAGCUAAUGCAACUGCCAACACAAAAUCCCACCAGGCACCUUUCCGCAAUAUGCUGUUCUAUGGCCCUCCAGGAACUGGGAAAACAAUGGCUGCCCGGGAGCUGGCUCGUAAAUCUGGGUUGGACUAUGCAUUGAUGACUGGUGGAGAUGUUGCUCCGCUCGGGCCUCAGGCUGUUACAAAGAUACACCAACUAUUCGAUUGGGCCAAAAAGUCUAAGAGAGGCUUGUUGCUCUUCAUUGAUGAAGCCGAUGCGUUUUUGUGCGAGCGGAACAAAACAUACAUGAGUGAAGCUCAAAGGAGUGCACUAAAUGCCCUUCUAUUCCGGACGGGCGACCAGUCCAAAGACAUAGUCCUAGCACUUGCCACGAACCGGCCUGGUGACCUGGACUCGGCCGUGUCUGACCGUGUUGACGAAGUUCUCGAGUUCCCUCUCCCGGGAGAAGAAGAGCGUUUCAAGCUUCUGAAGCUCUAUCUGGACAAGUACAUUGCCAAGGCCGGUCCAAGAAAACCGGGUUUAUUCUCCAGCCUCUUCAAGAAAGAGCAGCAAAAGAUCGAGAUAAAGGGCGUGACCGAUGAUAUACUGAAGGAAGCGGCCGCGAAAGCGGAGGGAUUUUCUGGUAGAGAAAUCGCGAAAUUGAUGGCUAGCGUUCAGGCAGCCGUGUACGGGAGCGAGAGCUGCGUCUUGGACCCUGACCUUUUCAGAGAGGUCGUGGAUUACAAAGUCGCAGAGCAUCAGCAAAGAAGAAAACUUGCCGGUUCUGAUUCGGGUAACAAGAAAUAAAUGAACAAGGCAAAGAGUUGACCAAAAAAAAGUGUGAAACCCUGCAAUCGUUUCAGAGGGUUAGAGGCAGAGUGCUGAUUUAAAUCGUGUUCUCCUUGGUUGAAAGGAAAGAUUUUUGUUAUUGCUUAGGUUCUUUUUUUUUUUAAAUUCCUUUGGCAUUUCUUUGUCAAGGCUAUUCAUUCAUGAGCCUCCUCCUUGGUUCUAUUUGUAACCAAAUGGCAAAACUCUUAUGCCCUUCUGAGUAAUCUUCUACUCAUCAGUUUUAA